AUUCACGUGAUAUUCAUGAAUUCCAGGCCACCCGCCCGGGUCACCGACCUGAGGUUCGGGUUCCCGAGAGAUAUCUUCAGUAGCCGAGUCGCCUCUCUAUGUCAAGAAUAGGCUCGCUAAGAUAAGUCUCGAAUAUGCAUCUAAUCCUCUUUGAUAUUUUGGCUGAUCCCCUAAAGGUCAAUGGACAAUCUUGUGCUCUCUUUGUUGACAAAAUGCAUGCCUGCUCAAAGCAGGCUGCGGCUUUCAAUGCCUCAAAGAAACGACAUGAUAGAUACUUUUAACAAUUCAAGCCACAUCUUCAUUAUUCUCUGAAUCACUCUGCUAUUUUCGCUCUAUUGCCUCUUCCGACAGAACUUGAAUUGGUAAACAAGAUUGAACGGCGGCGAAAAUGGUUACAAAAGCUCUCGCCGGCAUCGACUUGCAUACUAGCAGCAAUGAGUCCCACAGCCCACAUCCAUCGAACGGCAACAAUGGAAAAGAAGAUAAACCCACCCCACGGAACCCUUCAAUUGAGAGGCGCUAUAAAUGGAGAAGAAACCGCCUGGAAAAUUUCAGAGCUUGGCGAGAACAUCUUAGGCGCCCAGUACAGGAAAGAGGUCCAGAAUCGUUAACCAGUACAAGGAGUUGGGGCGCCAUACCAUCAUGGUUUCAAAGAUCCAACUAUGUACCAGGCAGAGAAGAUAAUAUGACCAUUAAGGCACCAAAGAAACCACUCCAUAUCUUCCCCUUGGGUAAUCCACGAGAUGUAUUUGACAAUGAGAAUGACGAUGAGACAAAUCCUUGGCUGGAAACUAAAUUCAGUGAUUUCAUGGGAACAACAACCGAACCAGGUUACAAGACCAAAUGGAAAGGGAAGAGGAUGCUUGGGCAAGGGUAUGUUAUCGUGUUCUGGCUCUUAAUAUUUGUGUAACUACAAGCAAAGGGGAGCAUCUAUAAGCUAACACAUUGCUAGAGGGCAGGGUCGAGUAGGGUUGUGGGAAUACAAUGGAGAAGACCCUAGUUUUCCCAUGAAUGUCGCAGUUAAAGAGGCUUUUAGUAGUUGGGGGAAGAAAGAGGACGCCUGGUGAGAUCUAAUGUAUGAGUGUAUGUAUGAAAACCCCGCACAUAGACCGAGCCUUUGGGAAGUGAAGAAGAGGAUUUCGGAGGGUCUUGAGAAUGCACGCGAUGCAGCUGAAGUAAGUCAUCUACCGCAUCUCUGUUCAAGUUUAUUUUGGUAUUUCUAGAAUAUUGCGAUAGAUCUUCACAGCAGUCCUGGGACUGUCACAAAAUUUUGCAGUCCCCAACAUCCUUUGAAGUAUACUAACUCAUGGACAGGAGGCCGAUAUAAACACCGAACCUUUGAAAGACUUCGAGCCGCGUGGGAGGCCCAAGAGCACCAAGAAGAGAAAGCAGCCUGUUAUUGUUGUUUUUGCAGUCUCAAAAUCAAAGGUAGGUGUUGAAUUCAAAGUCCUAAAGGGAACUCUGACUAAGAUUAGCGCUACAUCUCAGUCUAAAGAUUCGCUGCCCUCGCCUUCGUCGUCGUCGUCGUCGUUUGAACCCGAGUGGACUAAGCCUGAAUUUGGUUUGGAGCUUGAAAAGCGUCCUAAUAGGUCAGAAGUGGCGGAUUCUGAAAAAGUCUCGACAUCGGAAUCUGAAGAAAAGGGGAAACUCUCCAGACGGGAUUCAGAUUCGUCAUUAAAGGGUUCUCGCUCAUACACCAGGUUCUUGAAUAAGGGAGAGGGAAGUCCACGUGUCGACUCAAAGAGAGGUAGAUUCAGCACAGAUUUAGAUGAAGUUGUAGAGCCUACGUCGAGAAAGCCGCAAAAGACAACAAGUGGGAUGUCAAUUCGAAAAGGCUUCGGUGGGAAAAGAGGGUAUGAGAGUGAUGGAGGGGAUUUUGUUUCUCCUCGACCCGAAACGCCUAGCAAAACAUCGUCCAGUCCUCGAAUGUCAAGUCCUAGACCAGCAAUAUUUACAAAAUCAACACCCCAUCAGCAGACCACGCCCUUUGGUAAGGAUACUCGAAAAGACGAUGACGGCAAAAGUCAGGUUGUUGUCAUCACCAGUAGAAGCAACCCUAGAACAAGCACAGCACGUAGUACGCCAAAAUAUAUGUCAGAGAAGCCACAAGUAAGACUAGCCACCGAAAAACGCACUGUGAGGUUGGUAGAAAUCAUCUUCAGCGUCUUUCACAUCGAGGGUCCCGUUGGAGAGGAAAGCAUCCUUCCACAGAUGCCCAUUGUAGUCGGCAACCUGAAUAGUACAUCCACAGUCAUGGAUCUCAAGGAGGCAAUCCGUGACGCGACAAGAUUCGAUGAAGGCCGACUUGAGAUUGUGGACAUGCAUUUCGUUAUCACGAGUCUCCCAACUAAAUGCCGGCCGCUUGAGGACAUGGAUAACACAACCUUUGAGGAGCUGGGAAUUAACGGAUUGACUUACCCGCAUGUUCAUAUCAAUAUGAAGAAUGAACCAGAGCAGGAAGUGGGAUCCGGCCCAGCUCGCUAUGGUCUAAUGAUCAAUGUGGCUCCCAGAAGUGCGCGAUCCGACAAGUGGCUACUGGAAUUCAGAGGAUUGAAUGAAACGACGCGGCUGAGAAACUUGAAACAGAGGGUUGCUACCGUAGCGAAGAUUGCCGUUGCAAAUCAGGUAUGGCUGUAUGGAGAUAGACGAUUAGGGGACAAAGAUAGUGGUCUGCAACUUCGUGAUAUAGUGAGGGGUGAUGGAGCCACCUUUGCCGUGUGGACGAAGAAUCCCAACGAGAAGAUUUUCGUGGAUUACUCGAUGCCAGGUGUGUGGCGUGGACCUUCGAGAGUGCAGAGGGGGGUUGAUUUUGGUGAGUUUUCAUGUUGUUCUGGGUAAGAACAGACGUUGACUUGGAAUCUAGGAACGCAAACACCGGCUCCGGAUCAGCGACUUCCUACGCGUGAGUAUUUAUCUGAGUGAGUUCAUUCAGGUGCUGACGUGAAAUCUAGAACCACCCAAAGAGCGAACGCCGCGGAAGUCAACACCACGGAAUCCAACACCACGGAAUCCAACACCACGGAAGUCAACACCACGGAAGUCAACACCACGACAUCCAACUCCACGACCCUCUCCCAAACCCAGCAAGUCCCCCUCAAGAACAUCCCCAAGAACAUCCUCAACACAAGACUUCUACACCCCACCAACCCACACCUCCCCACCAUCCAAAAAGCGAGCCACCCACUCCCCCCCAACUCCCCCCCGCUACCCCAAAAAGCGCAAACUAGGUCCCAUACCCGGCCAAUUCACCUCACCCCACCACGCAGCUCCUCCAGCCCCAGCACAAGAACGCCUACUCCCCCAUCACCACGCUGGAGCGGCACGAAAAGAACCCGCCUGUGGGACAGACUGCUGGAGAUUAUCCCGAAGCCCCUUCUUCGGACGAUGACGAUGAUCGUUAUUUACCUUCUUUCACAUUUCUAAGGAAUGUGCCAUCGCAUUUGAGGAAUCUGCCUGCGAAUUUGAGGAGUGCGCCGGAGGCGGUGAGGGAAGUUGCUGAGGAUGUGAAGGCUAUUGUGAAGAUUGAUGUGGAGACUGUGACGGAGUUUGUGGGGAUAUGUGUCAUGUUUCGUGAUUUUUUAGAGAGGUGGGGAGAGAUUGGUUGUUGUUAUUUAGUGUAUUAGCUUUUUUUUGGAAGUUUAUUGGAUAUUGUAUUUUUGGUUGUUAGAUAUUAUUCGUAUAUAUACCUUCUGUUCCUCGGUUCUUUAUAUUCGUC